GUUAGGUUCCAAUGGUAUCACAAUCGUACUCUACUUCCUCCUCCUCCUCCUCCACCACCAACCCUUUUCCAUGCCCACAAGAACGUGACAAAUUCAAACCACCCCCGCCUCCGUCGCCAGCACCCCAUUUUCAUUCCUCGCUCCAUUCUGUUCGUAAGCUUUCGACGAAGAUAAUGAAAGAGCCAAUAGCCCCGCUGCCACCGACUCCGCGUAGAGUCUACAAGGUGGAUCCUUCAAACUUCAAACAACUGGUUCAGAAGCUAACUGCGGCACCUGAGUUCCAGUCACGACGUCUCGAGAGCGUGGCACCUCCCCCACUUAGUCUCCCAACAACCACAGUAUCUGAUAAAUCAUCAACCACCUUAGAGCUCCUUCCGUCACCCAUUGCCAUAACACCUACUAUGUCUGAAACUUACAGUGAGUUGAUGAGUGAGAAGCUGGAGAUACAGGCGUGGAAGCAAUCAGACAGUUUGGCGACGACGAGUGCCAUGGGAUUUAGUCCGUCGCCAAUGUCUCAUGCAUGGUACUGUUCCAGUGAAAUACUGGAUACACAGCCAUUUUCACUGGAUACAGAGCCAUGGAAGCAAUCAGAGAGUUUGGCAAUAGCGAGUCCCAUGGGAUCCAGUCUAUCGCCAGCGUCCCAUCUGUGGUGUUCCUUCCCCCUUCUGAGUCCGGGAACUGUAUCGUCUUUGGAGAAGGGCAUGUGGAUCAGGGAUGGACGCAUGAUUUGA